AUGUAUUCUGAGGGUCUGACUGAACGACCAGGAGGAGAUCCCGUACCCGAAAAAAGGAGAGAGGAUCAAGCCGACCAUCAUCAUGGAGAUGGCUCUGGCCCAAGUGUCCACGCAGUUCGCGAGCGCGCGAGUGCGAGCGAAGGGAAAGAACUAUAUGACGUGGAAUCCGAGAAAGGUGAGAAAUAUUUGGGUUCCUGUCAUGCAGUGAACGAGGAGACCGACGCCGUCCAGAAUAAGAAGGCAGGUUUGAGCAGGCUGCUGCAAGAAAGCGACGACGAGGAGAUACAGAAUGUGCUUCCGGCAGUCGUGCUAGGAGGAAAGACGAUAGACGGAAUUGUCUACGAGUACGACGGAAAGAACGAUGGCGCGAGCGGCGGGAAUUGCAACAAUGAAGACAAGGAAGAAAACAAGGUCGAAGGUCAUGAGGCCGAUAGCGACGGUGAAUGUGAGAAUGAUGACGAUGGUCAGAACUAUGGUGCGAGCGACGGGAGGAGCAACAAAGGAAACGAGGAAGAAGACGGGAGCGAAGAUCACGAGCCCGAAAUGGACGGUGAAAACGAAGACGUGGACGAUGAAAGGAACGAUGACGCGAGCGACGGGAAGAGUAACAAUGUGGUCAAUGGAAGGGCCGAUGGUGCGAACGACGAUGAAGACGAGAACGAAGACGAGGACGAGGACAAGUAUGUAGACGAAAAUGGUAUCGGGAACGAAGACGAAGACGAAGGCAAGAACGAAGACGAAAGUGAAGGAGAGAAUGAAGACCUGAAUGAACACGAGAAUGAAGACGAGAACGAUUGCGAGAGCGAAGACGAGAACUUAGACCAGAAUGAAGAAGAAAGUGAGGACGCGAACAAAGAUGAGGACGAAGACGAGAAUGAAGACAUGAAUGAAGACGAGGACGGAGACUAUAAUGAAGACGAGGAUGAAGGCGGGAGUGAGAACGAGAACGAAAACGAGAACGAAGGCGAGAGUGAAUAUCACGAGGGCAAGGACGAGGCCAAGGAUGAAGGAAUCGCGGCUGGGGGCGAGGGCGAGGACGGAGAGAAGGGCGAUGGUGCGGGUGACGGGAAUGAGCCACAGCGAAGACGAACAUAG